AUGAUAAAAGAAAUACAGUCAGUGAUGGAGGGAGAUUCUGUUACUCUAAACAUUGAUUUUACUGAAAUAGAUGACAUGGUGGACGACAUAGUGUGGACAAUUGGAGAUGAAAAGAGUUGUAUAGCUAAACAUAACAAAAAGAAGCAAACUAUUUCCAUAUAUGAUGAUGUUCUUGACGGGAGAUUCAGAGACAGACUGAAGCUGGACAAUCAAACUGGAUCUCUGACCAUCAUGAACAUCUCAACUCUACACGCUGGAGUUUAUAAAGUAGAUCUUAGUGGACGUCAACUGACAUCAAAAACAUUCAAUGUUUCUGUCUAUGCUCGUCUGCCUGUUCCUGUCAUCAGCAGGAACUCUUCACAAUGUUCAUCAUCUUCAUCCUCAUCAUCGUCUUGUUCACUGCUGUGUUCGGCGGUGAACGUGGGUCAUGUGACUCUCUCCUGGUACAAAGGAAACAGUUUAUUGUCCAGCAUCAGUGUGUCUGAUCUCAGCAUCAGUCUCUCUCUACCUCUGGAGGUGGAACAUCAGGAUAAAAACACCUACAGCUGUGUGAUCAACAACCCCAUCAGAAACCAGACUCAACACAUCAACGUUACUCAGCUCUGUCAGCCAUGUCCAGCACUGGACUCGCAUUCUCCUUCACAAGACGACUCACUUCCAAUACUGUUGAUCUCUGCUGGAUCUCUGUUCGUUUUAGCACUAAUUACAAUCUCCUGCAUCUACAGCAAACGUAAAAGAGCCGAUCAAGAAGUUCAGACUUGUAUUGAAGAAAUAACGUAUGCAGAGACAACAUUCUUCAAAAGAAAAUCACGCAGAUUGAAAAUCGGAGAGGAGACUCAUGUGGACUAUGCAUCUGUCGUCAUAUGAUUAAACAAAGACGUUUUCAUCGGUUCAACUCUUUAGACACCCUCAGAUGGUAGAGCUCUCAAGCUGGUACGAAUCAAAAAACAACCGCCGCAGCACAUUUACAUGAACGACGAAUAAGAAUCAUACAAGCUAGCUUUGAAAGCUUUCUGCUAAUCACUCUCCAAAGCCAUGCUU